AUGUCUUUCUCUAAGCUUUAUUCUGCUAUUUUUAAGAGGAACUCGGUUUUCGUAGGUACUAUCUUUGCUUCUGCCUUCGUUUUCCAAGCUGCCUUUGACACUGCUCUUACUUCUUGGUACGAGUCUCAUAACAAAGGUAAGUUGUGGAAAGAUGUUAAGUUAACUCUAGAAGGCGGGGAUGAUGACGAUGACGAAUAA